AUGCCUCUCCGUGCAAAGAUCACAAAUCCCGAGGUCGGACAGUUGGGUCAACGUGCUUCUAUAGCUACUUUCAGUGAUCCACCGCUACCCAAAGAAUUACCGUCAGACGAGCCAGAUGAUGUCCUUUUCAAUUCAUUAUAUGGAGUACGAACUAUCGAGCUCAACCGGCCGAAAAAGCUGAACUCACUCAACGGGUCAAUGGCAAGGAAGAUCGUCCCGAGAUUGCGAGAGUGGGAGAAGUCACAAAUGGCCAACGUGAUAAUCAUGAGUGGAGCUGGGACAAAAGCGUUCUGCGCUGGAGGGGACGUUGCGGAACUGGCACAACAGAACAACACACCUGAAGGCCAGCGGGCUUCCAGCGACUACUUUGCGUUGGAAUAUCAGCUUGAUCACCUCAUUGCUAUCUACAGCAAACCCUACAUAGCAAUCAUGGACGGCAUUACCAUGGGAGGCGGCGUAGGGCUCUCCGUGCAUGCGCCAUUCCGAAUCGCGACCGAACGCACCGUCUUCGCGAUGCCCGAGACGACAAUCGGCUUUUUCCCUGACGUGGGUGGGUCAUUCUUCCUCCCUCGGCUCGACGGCGAGAUCGGCACCCACCUUGCCCUGACCUCUGAACGUCUCCACGGCGUGCAAGCCUUCUACGCAGGAAUCGCAACCCACUACAUCGACAGCUCGGUCCUCACCUCCCUAACCACUCGCCUCUCGGAGCUCCAGUUCCGAGAUUACGCCACGCUUCCCAGCCGACUGAAACUGGUAAACGACACCCUCUCAGAGUUCACCUCCAGCCUCCCCUCCCCCACCGACUUCUCCCCAGAAGCCAAGCACGGAAACCUAAACGGCAACCUCCGUGCCGCCAUCGACCGCUGCUACGCCUACAACACUAUCGAAGAGAUCCUCUCCGCUCUCGAGGCAGAAUCGCAAUCCACCUCUCCCACUGCCAUGCCCGAAUGGGCCGCCGCAACCCUCUCAACAAUCAAAACCCGCAGCCCCACCAGCCUGAAAGUAACGCUACAGCAGCUCCGCCGUGGCCGGACCUGGGAAAUCCGCGAAACGUUCAUCCGCGAACACAAGAUGGCAAGCAGAUUCAUGUCGCACCCGGAUUUUGUGGAAGGCGUGACCGCCCGACUCAUGAAGCCGCGCCGCGAACCAAAGUGGAACCCGGCGCGACUCGAAGACGUCACCGACGAGGACGUGACUUCCUUCUUCAGAGUCUCGCGGGAGGACGAGAGUAGGAUUCAGCUCUUCGAGCCCUCACCAUACGGUGUGGACCCCAGUUUCAAGGAGGCGCAGUAUCACGAUUAUCCACAUGCGCAGAUGGCGCUGCCGAGGGAAGAGGUUAUCCGAACGUGUGUUACUCAGGCGCCGAGGACUAGGAGGAUGAUUGUAGAUGAGAUGUUGAGGAGGUGGGAGCGGAAAUUGGGGGUUAGCGAGAAGGUGGAGGAAGUCUUGGAUCGGAAGACGGAGACGGGUGAGGAUGGGAUCGUAAGGUGGGUGAAUUGA